ACCAUCACAAAUAAAUAAAUGUCAGACUUUGUACUGCGCGAUAACCCGUUGUGAUAAAAGUUAAUGAAAACUAGGAAAUAACAUUGCAUUUAAACUGCUUUUCUGACCUUAGAGUUUCUUUGUAAGAAUACAAACGUUAUAAACUACAUUCCACAUACCAAAAUGUCACUGAACAAGCUAGUUGGAGGUGAUUGCGGAGGCAACAACUCUCUGUUGCAACUAUCGUCGAUCGUGAGCCGUGAUGCAGCAGCAGCCAACCUCCCGCAGUCCGACCGGUUCGUCAAUGAGUUCCUCGCUCAAAACUCGCAAACUCCGCAGACAUUCAACAUGAGCGCACUGCUAAACAACAUGCCGGAAGCUGAGUCCAUGAAGAACAUAAAUAAGAUGGCACGAGCAGAGAGGAGCUCGUUUGCUCCAGCUCAGUCCGCGUCCAUGACUUGGGCGCCGGGGCCCUCGGGGGCGUUCCUCCCGCAAGCCAUGAUGCAGCCACUGUUCAUGCCACCAGCACCCAUGAUGGCACAUCAGGGCCCAUCCAAUGUACAAAUAGAAUAUUUGAAUGAAUCAGAUCUCAUGGAAACAACUGAUGUUAAAGCCAAGGCUCAAGAGUAUGUUAACAGUGUCAAAGAUGAUGAUGAGCUUGCCUACAACCAAUUCAUGUCAUUUAUGAAGAAAAUCAGUGCUGGUGAGAUGAACUUAGGGGAUGGUGUUGAAGCAGAACAAAAGCAAAUAACUAAAGACAAAAUUUUGGAGGAAAUGGCUGAAAAAUACAAAGAUGAAUGGGCAAAGUUAAGUGAUGUGUCGGAAUACUGGGACUCUGAAACUGCAAAUGGAAUACCACAAGAGUAUACAUUCACUGAGGGAAAUGUAAUGCUGGAAAACAAGAGUGCUCUGGAACUUGGUAAGGAGAAAUUAAAGAUGGGUGAUAUUCCUGGCGCAGUGUUGUGCUUUGAAGCAGCAGCUCAGCAGCAGCCUGAGCUGGCUGAGGCCUGGUUCCUGCUUGGCUCCACACAGGCUGAGAAUGAACAGGAUCCCCUCGCUAUUGCAGCUCUUAAGAAGUCUCUACAAAUAGACCCAACACAACUUGAAGCUUACAUCACACUGGCAGCUGCAUACACUAAUGAAAAUUUACCAAAAUAUGCAUUUAGGUCUCUACUGGACUGGCUAAAAGCCAGUCCGAAGUACAGUGAUAUGAUACCACAAGAUGUUGACAUCAGUAAGCUAGACAACAAGGCACUAGAAACUCAUGUUAAAAACUUGUAUUUAAAAGCAGCACAAAUGAAUCCAACUGAAAUUGAUCCAAAUGUUCAAAAUGCUCUUGGAGUGGUGUUCAACAUUAGCCAGGAAUAUGACAAGGCAGUGGAUUGCUUCAAGACUGCCCUGAUGGUGGCCAGCCAUGACUCCAAGCUGUGGAACCGGCUUGGUGCCACACUUGCCAACAGUGACAGGUCAGAGGAAGCUGUUGAUGCAUACCAUGAAGCUUUGAAUCUAGAGCCAGGAUUUAUUAGGGCAAGAUACAAUGUUGGCAUAACUUGUAUGAACCUGGGAGCCCACAGACAGGCUGCUGAGCAUUUCCUGGUGGCUCUGAACCAGCAGGUGAAGGCCAAGAGCAUGCACCCCGGGGCAGGCGACACCGACACCAGCUCCUCCACCAUCUGGACCACCCUCCGGAUGGUGUGCUCCUUCAUGGGAGAACAUGAUGUGGCUAAACUAGUGGAUGAAAGAAACUUAAGUGAAUUAAAUAAGUUCUUUGAAACUGAACAGUGAAGAGUGAUUUACAUCUGAAUUAUGAAUUUUGGGAUAAGUUAAUAAUGUUUAGUGGGUAUUGUGCAUUAUUUACAGUGAUCAUUUCAUACUCAUUACUUUCCAUUGGGCUUUUAAGGGUAUUUUAUUAAUUAUACUAAAAUUAUGAAUUAAAUAAAUAUAUUUAUAGUUGUUUUGUAU